AUGUCUAUGAUAACAGCUGUCACAUGGGUGCCUCGAGGUGCAGCUGCGGCUUUCCCUACAAAAUAUGAUGUUGACGAACAAGAAUUGGCGAGAAUUUCUAAGCUCGCAAAGUUGCAAUUGGACGACGCCAAAGAGGAUCUCGAAGAUUCCAAGGCUCAAGGAGCUGUUGAGCAGGGUUCAAGCGUGAGCGGCGAUUCGGAAUCAGAGGAUGCUGGAGUGAACAUACCGCAAUCGAAAAUAGACGCAGACAGUGAUCUAGCAGCAUAUGACUUGGACCACUAUGAUGAUGAUGAUGAAGCGCCAGAGGUAGGUGGUAACUUGUCGAUGCUUGGAAAUGCACGAUCACUAGCCUACUACGAGACAAAUGAAGAGGACCCAUAUAUCAAACUCACAGAAACUCAAGACGAGGAUGAUGAAGAACGAGAGGAGCUUCAAAUACUUCCGACGGAUAGUAUGAUCUUGGCCGCGAAAGUGGAAGAUGAAGUACCGUAUCUCGAGGUCUACGUAUACGAAGACGAGGCAGACAAUCUUUAUGUUCAUCACGACAUUAUGCUUCCAGCCAUACCACUUUGCGUCGAGUGGCUAGACUUACCCGUGGGAAAAGGUAUCACGAGUAUGGACGACAACUCUCGAGGCAAUUUUGCUGCCGUGGGGACGAUGGAUCCAGACAUAGAAUUGUGGGAUCUUGACACAAUCGAUUCAAUGUAUCUUAAUGCGAUUCUGGGACAAGGUAAUGAUCAUACCCGAUCAGAUCCCUCUCCAGAAGGAAAGAAGAAGAGGAAGCCCAAGAAGUCCAAGAAAGCUAACGACCAGUAUCAUGUCGAUGCUGUUCUUGCGCUUGCUGCAAACAGGCAGCACCGGAAUCUGCUGGCCUCUUCUUCGGCUGACAACACCAUCAAAUUGUGGGACCUGACAUCGACUAAGUGCGCAAAAUCUUACUCGUAUCAUACGGAUAAGGUUUGCUCCAUUGCAUGGCAUCCCCGAGAACCCACCGUUCUUCUUAGCGGAAGCUAUGACCGAAGAGUAAUAGCAUCCGACCUGAGAGCAGCUGAUGCAAAUUCAGCAGCCUGGGGAGUCGAGAGCGACGUAGAGGCAGUUUUGUGGGAUUCUCACGAUCCUAAUUAUUUCUUUGUCACGACCGAGAAGGGCAUUUUGCACAUGAAUGACAUUCGAAAUCGUCCAGCGAGGCCCGGAGAGAGUAAGUCUGUGUGGACUUUGCAGGCUCACGAUGAGGCUGUCUCGAGCAUCGAUAUCAACCCUGUCAUUCCGGGCUUCGUGGCCACCGGAUCGUCGGACAAGGAAGUGAAAUUAUGGAAUGUACAGCCCACGGGUUGCAGUAUGAUUGUGUCUCGAAACGUCGGAGUGGGUAGAGUAUUCUCUACCAAGUUCGGUCCCGACCCUGAAGUUGCAUUUCGGCUGGGCGUUGCUGGUAGCAAAGGCAGCUUUCAGGUAUGGGACACGUCGACCAACGGCGGUGUACGACGAGUUUUUGGGACUCGCGUGAGUCAUUCAGCGAACACAGAGAAGAUAGAUCGGACGGUUGGAAUGGCGGAAGACAGCAGUGAUGAUGAGGAUCAAGGCGGGACAGAACCCGGAGGAGAAGACGGAAUGGCAGGAAACGGGUGGGAGUCGGCUGACGAUGACGAGCGUUGA